ACGCGUUACUCCCCGGAAAGGACAAUACGUGAAGCUGGAGUGGCGCUUGGCUAUCGACCGAACUGCCACCCGAAACCAGAAGGCGGCUGCAAAUGUGACAUUAAGAGCGGUCCUUCUGGUGGGUGUAAAUGUAAUGUCGACUUGGGUCGCGGUGAACAAGUCGUGGAGUACUCCAAUGAUGCGGAAUGUAAGAAAAGUAUCGAAGAGCAGACCGCUGAACACAAAACAGAACUGAACGAGGAGAUCAAAGAGAAAUUUGGAGAAUUCAAGGAGAACUGCUUCCCGAAGCCGUCCGGUGGUUGUAAAUGUAAUGAGAAGGACGCGGAAGGUAAUGAGGUGGUCACCGCCUAUAACAAUGUCCGUGUGAAGCGUGACGUUGGAGUCGCAACACAGCGUCAACCAGUGAACACUAACGUGUAUCAGCAAAAAGUUCGUGGCCGUGAUCCUCCAAGCCAAAACGUUCGCGACCCUGUGAGAGAACGAGCUCAAGAAAAUUAUAGAGCGGUACUUAACGAACUCAACAUGAAAUUUAAGGGUCUUAAGGAGGGCUGUUUCCCACGUCCUAAAGGAUGCCUUUGUGUGAUCGGCAAGACCGCUGAAGGUCGAGACAUUACCGAGCGUCGUAUGAAAGACAGUGAUUGUAAGUGCAAAGAAGGUGAAAGAGGUCCAGGUUGCCCUGCGGGAUAA